AUGGCAACGUGGGGGAUCUGGCCUUGGUGGUUGAGCUACACUUUACCAUUGGUCAUCCCGCCAGGCUCAUCUCAAGAACAGAAGGGUUUUUCCAUCCCGGAACAUGGAUUUUGCCAUGCCAUCUCAAUCCCGCUGUGCAUCGAUAUCGCCUACAAUCAGACCAUCAUGCCCAACCUGCUGGGCCAUGCCAACCAAGAAGACGCAGGGCUGGAAGUUCACCAGUUCUACCCGCUCGUCAAAGUCCAGUGCUCGCCAGACCUUAAGUUCUUUUUGUGCUCCAUGUACGCACCCGUGUGCACAGUUUUGGAGCAGGCGAUCCCUCCUUGCAGGACUUUAUGCGAACGGGCCCGACAGGGCUGUGAAGCACUGAUGAAUAAAUUUGGUUUUCAGUGGCCUGAAAGGCUGCGCUGUGAAAACUUCCCUAUCCACAGUGCCGGAGAGAUCUGCGUGGGUCAGAACACAUCUAACAGUAAUGGUCCGACACCGACACCUGACCUCGGAAAGCUGUUGAACUUUCCAUCCCACACCUCAAGCAACCCAGCCUUUUCCUGCCCACCACAGCUAGAGGUGCCAGCCUACCUCAGCUACCGCUUCCUUGGUGCCAAGGACUGCGGUGCCCCCUGCGAGGUCUCCAAACCCAAUGGACUGGUGUAUUUUACAGAGGAGGAGCUCAAGUUUGGGCGGCUCUGGGUCGCUGUCUGGGCUGUCCUUUGCUGCAUAAGCACACUCUUCACUGUCCUCACAUAUGCGGUAGAUACGCAGCGCUUUCGGUACCCCGAGAGACCUGUUGUAUUUCUCUCAGGUUGCUACUUCAUGGUGGCACUAGUAUAUGUCACCGGUUUCCUGCUUGAGGACAAAGUCGUCUGUAUGGACAAGUUCAAGGCGGAGGGUUAUAAGAUGGUGAUUCAGGGCACCAAGAAAGAGGGCUGCACAAUACUCUUCAUAGUGUCCUACUUCUUUAGCAUGGCAAGCUCCAUCUGGUGGGUUAUCCUGUCCCUCACCUGGUUCCUGUCAGCUGGGAGGAAGUGGGGUCACGAGGCCAUCGAGGCCAAUUCUCGGUACUUCCACCUGGUGGCCUGGACAGUGCCGGCGUUGAAAACCGUCACCAUCUUGGCGAUGGGACAGGUGGAGGGCGACCUUCUGACCGGUGUGUGCUACGUGGGUGUGUACGACGUGGAUGCCCUGCGGGGUUUUGUGCUGGCUCCGCUCUUUGUCUACCUCCUCAUCGGCACUUUUUUUCUGCUGGCUGGUUUUGUGUCUCUCUUUCGCAUCCGCACCAUCAUGAAGCUUGGCGGUACUGAGACGGAAAAGCUUGAGAAGCUGAUGGUGCGGAUCGGAGUGUUCAGCAUGCUGUACACGCUACCUGCCACCACUGUGGUGGCCUGCCACUUCUAUGAGCAGGCCCUGCGUCCGCGGUGGGAGUACACAUGGCGCAUGCAGACCUGCAAACGCUUUGCUUUGCCGUGCCCGUCGGAAAACUUUGCUCCACUGACGCCGGACUUCACCAUGUUCAUGAUCAAGUACCUGAUGACCAUGAUCGUUGGGAUAACGUCAGGCUUCUGGAUCUGGUCUGGAAAGACUGUGCAAUCCUGGCGCCGCUUCUAUAAGAGACUGAUCGGCCCUGAGCCGGGAAAUACCACACUUUAG